UUCAAGGAGUCGCAAAACAAGACUUGCAACAAGUGGCUUUGAUACAAUCUUGCAAGAACUAUGGCUGUCUCUUGUGGUUUAAAAACUCUGGGAUAAUUUCACGCUGAUAUCCAACGUCUCCACUGUUUCCCAGUCGCUGCAGUGUAAGUCCGAGUCCAGGACUUUUGGCUGGUCUUACGCCCGAGAUCCCGAUGGAGUCGUACCGCGUGGGAGCUGCCCCCGGGCCCACCCUGCAGCCAGUGUACCCCCCCCAGGUGCCCCGUGGAGCUAAGGGCCAAGCCAACGGCAGCUACGGCCUCAGCAUCCGCGUCCAGGGCAUCGAUGGCCACCCCUACGUGGUCCUCAACAACCAGGACCGCCCGUCCAACCCGUACCCGCCCAGCAACGGCCACCACGACCCCGAGGGCUCCUUCAUCGAUGACUACCAGGAGUACGACUUCCGCGGGCCCAGCCCGUUCGUGGAGUUCCGCUCGCAGAACCCAGCUGGUGCCGGUACCAGUGGGCCCCCCGCGAUGGGCCUGAAGGAGAACCAGGACCCGCAGCAGGCGGCCCGGAGGAGCCCCAACCUGCUCAACUUCCAGAAGCACCCGGAGCUGCUCAAGCCCUACGACCCAGACAGCAACACGCUGGAGGCCUUCCGCAGCCACCCCACGCGCCCUCAGGGGGCGCCGCUACCCGACAGCGCUGUGCCCACCGCUGCCCACACCGGGUCCUCCAGCCUGGAGCGGCCACGCACGCCCACUGGGCAGCAGGUGCCCAAGAUGCCCGCUCCGUCUCAGGCCCAAACCUACCCCAGGCCAUACCUGUCCAAGAGCUCCACACAGGGGCCGCCUCAGAGCCAGAACCAGGCCCAUCCCGCAGUCCAGUCUCAGGUCAAGCCCAAAGCACAGCCCCAAACACCAGCUCCAGCUCCUGCCCCAGUUCCUGCCCCUGCUCACCCCCCCCAGACUAAACUGACCCCAGCUCCGCGCAUUCCGCUGCCCCAGGCUGCCCCCACCGCGCCAGCGGCAGCGCCUCUUGCGUCCAGACGCUCUCCCAGCGUGGCCAGCAGUGCCAACUCCAGCCUGGAGCGCGCCUCCGGUGCCGGUUCCGUCUCUACUGGGAGUCCGGGUCGUGCCCGCGAGCCCGACGUCCUGCCUCUGCGGCGAGUGGACUCCAGCGGGCCGGUCCUGCAGUCGACGUCAUCGUUCGCCCCCCGGUCCCGCAACUCGUCCACCUCCUCCACAGCGACCAGCAGCUCGGCGACCGCAUCCCGCACUCUGUCGCCGGGACGUCCGCCGUCAGACGAGCUGGAGGCGCUCUACGCCGAGUCCAUUAACCGCCACAAGAACCGGCGUUACAUCCCCUUCCUGCCCGGCACUGGCCGAGACAUCGACACCGGACCGCUGCCCGCCGUGGAUGCGCUCAUCAGCCACUUCGACGGGACGGGCACUGGGACCCAGCGGCCCGGGGCCAGCGACGGGCCGGAUCGACCGGAGGACCCAUCGGCAUGGCGCGUGGACAGCGCUCUGCCCUUUGGUCUGUCCAGCGGCGGAGACUAUCUGGAGCAGGUGAGUCGUGACCGGGGCCGCUCGGGGGAGCACGUGCUGCGUCCGUCCCAGCUGGGGCUGAAGAAGGGGUCGGGAGGGUGCGGCGUGUCCCCCACCCUGACCCUCCCCGCGGGACGCCGCGCAUCUGCCAGGGACCCUCCGCGGGGGAGCAGCGCUCCAGGGUCGCCCCAGGGCUCUCUGCCCAGGAAAGAGGCCUCUGCACUGGGCUUUGGCAGACUGGAGACCAGGUCCUCAGGGCUACCCCAGGAGGAGGACCAGGCCAGGCAGGGGCAGCCCCAAGGCCAAGGGACCAGAGCCAUCGCCUUAACGUCUCUGUCCAGACCGAACUCCAGGACCAGCAGCAGCCCCAAGGCCAAGGGACCAGAGUUAGAGGCACAGGUUACCCCUGACCUACUGAAAGGUCAGCAGAACGUGGCCCAGCAGACUCAUGAGGAGACCGCCAAACAGAUCCUCUUCAGCUACCUGAAGGCCGGGAGCAACGAUAACGAUGACACGACCAAGAGAAAGGUCAACCUGGUGUUUGAGAAGAUUCAGACCCUCAAGUCACGGGCUGCAGGGAGCGCCGAAACCACGGUUCCUGACCAGGCCUUCCAGGCGAAGGCUCUGGAGGAGCAGAAAGUGGAGCUGGAGAAGCAGGUGUCUGACCUGAAGGCCCGUCUGGAGGAGGAGACCAAGAAGCAGAAGUCUCUGCUGGCGGUCCAGAGAGAGGCUGGCGAGGGCAUGAAGGGCCUGCAGCAGCAGCUGGACAAGAGCCUACAGGAGAGCACUCAGCUCCGGGAGAAACUGGCCAAGACAGAGACCGACCUGCGCACAACACUGGAGGAGCUGUUCCAGGUGAAGAUGGAGCGUGAGCAGUACCAGACGGAGAUCAGGGACCUGCAGGACCAGCUGUCUGAGAUGCACGACGAGCUGGACGGCGCUAAGAGAGCCGCCGCAGAUGGGGCCGACAAGGAGGCCAUACUGGAGGACCUGGUGCAGCUGAAGCUGGACCUGCAGGAGGUGGUGUUGGCUAAGGAGGAGCAGGAAGAGGUGCUGAGGAGACGCGAGCGUGAGCUGACCGCUCUGAAGGGGGCGCUCAAGGACGAGGUGUCUACGCACGACCAGGAAGUGGACAAGCUUCGAGAGCAGUACGAAAAGGAGAUCCGCAAGCUGCAGACCAACAUGGACGAGGCCAAACAGAGCAGUGUGGCGGUGGCUCGUGAGCGUGCGGAGGUGGACGCGGCACGCGGGGCGGCCGAGGGCCAGGUGGGGCGGCUAUCCCAGGAGGCCGAACGGCUGCGUCGGCGCGUGCAGGAACUGGAGAACGAGGUGGCCAAACUCAACCGCAUCAUUGACGAGGCCAAGCUGCAGGAGAACCGCCUGGCCGAGAGACUGGGACGACUGGAGAAAGAGAAGAAGUUGGUGGAGGAGGCCCUGGCUGAAGUGAGAGAGGAGGAGGAGGAAAUGUCCAGGGCCAACAGAGCACUGACCACCCGUCUGGAGGACGUGCAGAGGAACCUAAGUCGUCUGACGGUGGAGCACCGUGAGCUGGAGGAGCGUCUGAGGGAGGAGCGCAGCCAGAAGGAGCAGUUCAAAAGCACCAAGAACCAGAUCGAGGAGGAGAGACGCUUACUGGACCGCACCGUGGAGAAACUACAGAGAGAGAUGAAUGAGAUUGUGGAGGCGUCUCAGAGCUCUACCCAAGAACUGCAGGAUCAGAUCGACGCGUACAAGGAGAAGAACCGGAGAGAACUGACGGAACUUCAGAGGCAGCUGAGAGAGAGAACCGCAGAACUGGAACAGUCACGGCAAACAGCCAAGACCCUGCAGGAAGAGGUACAACACACACACACACACACACACACACACACACACAGGUCGCACAGUGUCAGGGCUGCGCCACGAGUUGAGCUGAAAGUGUUUGACCUGGAGGUGGAGGCCGACACACGCCACCAGACCAAAGACGACAAGACCAGACAAAUCAAAAUGCUGGAGGAGCGUAUAAGUCAGCUGGAGAUGGAUCUGGAUGAGGAAAGGCAGAGUGGAGAUCAGCUGAUGGACAGGAUAGACCGAGGAAGAGAACAGGUGGAGCAGAUGAGGAGUGAACUCUUGCAUGAGAGAUCCGGCCGACAGGACCUGGAGUGUGACAAGAUGGCUCUAGAGAGACAGAAUAAGGACCUGAAGAGUCGUGUGGCCCACCUGGAGGGCUCCCAGAAGUCAAAUAAGGAGGGCCUAGUCUCCCAACUGGAGGCCCGUAUCCAGGAGCUGGAGGAGAGACUGGAGGGAGAGGAGAGGGAGAGGGCCAAUCUGCAGAUGGCCAAUCGCAGACUGGAGAGAAAGGUGAAGGAGAUGAUGAUGCAGGUGGAUGAUGAACACAACUCACUACAGGACCAGAAAGACCAGCUGAACCUACGUCUGAAGGCUCUGAAGCGUCAGAUGGACGAGGCGGAGGAGGAGAUUGACCGCCUGGAGCAUGGCAAGAAGAAGCUGCAGAGAGACCUGGACGAACAGCAGGAGGCCAACGAACAGCUGCAGAGCCAGCUCAAGGCCCUCAGGAGUGAGAUGAGGCGUAAGACCACCUCGGCUCCCAUCCUCAACACAGACCUGGACGAUGACGAUGAUGAUGACAUCAGUACUGACGGAGAAACCUACUUCAGCUCGUCGUCCGGCUACAAGCGCUCUAGCAGUCAAGACAACAUCAUCUCAACUUACACACUGUAACACACACACACACACAAACACUGUAACACACACACACACACACAUGCAUCUGUUACUGACUGGGCCCUGUAUGAACUCAGGCCCACAGACCCAGAGGAAUCCCAUCAGUCUGGUGUUCUGGGCCUCAAGGGACACCGUACCACUGAACAAAUACCUGUCACCAUGUCGAGAACAAGUCUAAAUAUUCUGUUUUUGUUUUUAUUUUUCAGCAUUUUAUCCUUUUAUCGUCCUUCUGUAUAGCCUUUCUCUUUUGAACCCUAGCUCUUGUAUUUACCACAGCAAUAUGUAAAUGAUUCAAUGUUUUUCUGUUUUUAUUUUGUUUGUUUUUUAAACAAAGUGCAUUUUAAAGACCAACCAAUCCGAACCAUUCCUGCCGACACAUGUCACUCAUUCCUGCCGACACAUGUCACUCAUUCCUGCCGACACAUGUCACUCAUUCCUGCCGACACAUGUCACUCAUUCCUGCCGACACAUGUCACUCAUUCCGGCCUUAAGUGGACGUGGAGAGAAGGCGCAAACGAGGGAGACGUUACCGAUUCUCUGUGCCUGCCCGGGCGCCAGAGUGAAG